GCUUCCAGUUCAAAUCGAAGGAUACUACAACACCCAAUCAGUAAACUUGUUCGUGAGUAAUUCGUAUUCCAAGAAACCCUAAUUUUUUUGAUCUGUUAAUAUACAAUCGUCGCUCUCCAUCGCUCAAUCGGUACACUUGUUUGUUGUUUGUGAGUAUUCUUCUUCCAUGAAACCCUAAUUUUAUCUGGUUCAUAUUUGAAUCGUCGCUCUCGAUUACUUAAUCUGUACACUUUGUUUACUUCAGGGAAUCAGACCAGUUGUAAAGCAUGGCAACACAUUCUAUUCGUCUGACCCAAGACCAGAAUUUCAGUGUUCACUUCGAUGGAGUUAAGACCAAUGGGUCUACUGUUCAAAAGAAUAAAGGGGGUCUUAGAGGAAGAAAAGCACUUAAUGAUAUAUCAAACUCGAAGAAUGUGAUCCCAAUUGGGGAAGAUCUUGGUGUCUCCAAGAAGGCACAGAUUCCUGUUGUGGGAAAAGCACAAAUUAGUGGCAAGAAAGCUCAAGUUAGUGGCAGGAAAGCACUGGGUGACCUUACGAACUCGGUGAAACCAUUUGGUCAGCCGCAGGGUUUAAAGAAAAAGGGUCCGGAAAAGAAAUCAAUAGUUGUUGCUGAAGAUGAAGAUGAAAACCUUCCUUACUCCAUUGCAGAAGAACGCUUCCUUCACAAUCAUGAAGAAUGUAUCAAAUCACAGAAGAGAGCAAUGGAUUUGCAUCACUUUUUAAAAACCAUUGGGUUAGAUGAAGAUGUUUCUGGUCAAUCUGUGUCUGCAUGCAAUCCUUUACCAAAAAGUUCAGAGGAUGAAGAUGCCAUCAUGCUUUUUGGGAUGGAGGAGAUCCCUGUGCCGACAAUAGAAGAUCAACCUCGUCAAUACCGUGGACAAAGUUCCCCAAUUUGUGGGAGCCCGAAUUCUCCGAGGCUGUCAUACAUGAAGGAUUGGGACGACUUUCCUAGCUUCAUCUUGGCGGAGUCGCCAAGACGAUCAAAGUAAUGUGAUUCUAUCUAUUUCUGCAGAAACUAUAUGUCAAUGGUUUCUUUCUCAUGCCUUCCCAGAAAACACCUCCUAUCAAGUAUGUUUAGUUUUUGGUUUUUCUCAGUCAAAUUAUUGACUGUGUGUUGUAGUGAAAAGAUUUCCAUUUAUUUGAUGAUGAUAGGAAGCUAAGACUUCCGUUUAUUUUGUUUUU